AUGGCGAACUAUCUCCUCGGCGUCGAGAAGCCGAUCUCGGGUCCACCACCGGCAGAUGCUGCUGAGCAGCAACGUCCCGCUCCCACUACAGCAGCUGAAGCACGUCAACAAUCAGUAGAGAACUGUCGCCAGGGUCGUGAAGCAGCGCGUGCCGCCAUGGGUCGCGCCACCACAUCACGUGCGCAUGGGCGUGGGGCGGGUGACACGAGCGAGCCGGGAGCCACAGCGACCGAACCAGGGCCUGCACCUACUGCAAGCACUUCUGCCCCGACGGCUCCGCCGGCUGAGCCCCCUACCACAACCGAGCCGCCCAGUCAUCCCUCAUGCUCGACUCAUGCAGCUUCACGUCCAUUCGACUAUGCUUGCAUCCUGCGACGCGUUAGGACAGGUUACAUCCCCAGCAACAUCCGGACGGAUGCGCCACGUGCAACAGGAUCAAGCGGAAACUCGGGCCAGGGUGGAGAUGAGCAGGCUGGGGGAAAUACCUGCCAGGCAUUGGUCGUUGUCACUCUGGAUCACCCGUGGCCAGAUGUCGGUAGUGGCAACCCCCGUGUUAGGGUUGAAGCCGACGCUGAGGAGGACGAUGAGGAGGAGGCGGAUGCAGAGGAGGCAGAGGCAGAUGAUGCGGAUGACCCAGCCCCAGCAGAGGGGAACCAGGCGGGGGCAGACGAGGACGCCGACGAUAACACGCCUGAGGCCGGUGUCGCGGAAGGGGACCAUACUACACGCGUGAGGACAGGGUUUGGGCAGAACAAGCGUGGUACGAGGAAGAAGCUGGGCAUCAACCUCGUCCACUGGACUCGCAUUAAGGCCCCAACCCGUCGCUUUGGGAUCUUCACGAGCAACGCAGCAGAGCAGGUCAACAGCUCAAUCGUGCCCAUUCGUCGCUUGCCGGUCACCCCUCUGCUAGGGGGUCUCAUGGACUGGUAUCGGGAUAGGUAUUGUGAACGCAAAAUGGCUGCGCGGGAGAGAACUGCUCUACUGACGGAAGCGGCAGAGGAGCGGAUGGUGUUGAAGGAGACCCGGGCGGAGGGGUACGAGCUAUUGGGCGGGGAUCUUGAGGAAGGAACCAUCCAGACCAGGGACACCAACGAUCCCAAGGAAUGGAGGUCCUUCAACGUCAACAUCAACAUCGAAGUGAGGACAUGCGACUGCUCAAACUGGGACCAGUACCAGUUCCCGUGCUCCCAUGCCGUGGCCUUUUCUCUAAGGCGAGAGCUAGACCCUUGCACCCUCGUCUCCGACUUCUACACCACGAAGAACUGGGCGGAGACGUAUUCUUCAAUGGUGAAGGGUUCCUGUGUGGACCGGAUCGUCCUUGGGAGGAAGCUGGCCGCACCAGGCGAGUGCGAUGCUCCACCCUUUCGACGCACGGCUGCCGGCCGCCCGCCAAGCUACGCACGCGUCGAGAAGGCUGUGCAUCCGUACACGUGCAGCGUUUGUCAUCUGCACGGUCACACUAAGAACCGCUGCAUGGGCAAGUAUGGUGGCAGCACAUACCCGGAGAAGAGGAGGUACCAGCAUCAGGCGCAAGUCAACCUAUAG